UUAGAAAACAAAUAUCUCCAUGGUGAUAAGACAACAUGGACAACAAAGAAGCUGCUUGGGAAGAUAGUGUGGACUACGUCACACUCGCCAAGGCUGGUGGGAGGAAAGACCUCCUGGUGCACACGGAGUACACUGGUGUGUGUGAAGAGUGGAGCCCCUGUGUGGGCGGUGCCGGUGGUGUCGACUGGUUUGCACACCCCACACCGCCCCCUCCCCCUCCACAUAACCAUGACUACCAGUCAUCCCUCAGCAGCUCUUGGAUGACCUGGACCCUCCCCACAAUAGACCCCCCACCCACCCAUACAAGGGACCCCCCACCUAGGGGACCUCACAGUAGAACGCGCUCGGAGCCUAUUAAACUGCCACAGAUAUCUGAGGCUGUUGAUUUGAGUCGCCUGUUGUCACUUGAUUAUCAGAGGGAAUGGUUGGAGGAGAGGGAAGCCAGACAAGCACACGAGAAGCACACGGCUAAGUUGAAGAAAGCUGCUCAGAAGAGGAAGUUGCAAGAACACACUUCAAAAGCUCGCAAGAUAGCAGGUGUGCAUAACACAACAGGAGGUGCUGACAAGGCAAGAUUUGUCAUGAAGAGGUUUGCCAAUGUCCCAGCCCGAGUCAAGUUGCCACCAUUAUGAACAAAAUAAUAUGAACACUUUAUUAUAUCUUUAUACUUGCACACAAUAAUUAUAACGGUCUAUAGAUUGUUUCCUAAUAAAUUCUAUUGAUGUGUUCACUUCAUUGCCACUCUCAUUCCCUUGACUUUGGGUUGGUUUC